AUGUCCAUCGCCUCACCCCGACCAAGUCUGAAUCUCCCUUCCAGCCGCCGCGGCUCCACCAGCACAAUAAACUCCGCUCGCUCACCCUCCACCUCACGACCAUCGUCCAUUCGCGGCAACAGUACAACCAGCACACCCAUCCGCGCCUCCUCACGCCGCCGCGACCGCGCCGCCCUCCGUGAAUUCUACAAUCUUCAAGCAUCUGCUACUCCGGACGCCAAACCACCGCCCGCAGCAACCACCCUUGCAACCGAAGACUCUGGGCCCACUGAUGCGUUGGCGUCUCUCGAUACCGAUGGCUUCUCGGCAAAAACAUACGUGGAUAAUUUACUUGGAUCUUCGGAUGCAGAAACCCUUCUUCGCACGUUAAACGCCAUCACGAUAUCUGCUUUGGGGCUGGAAGGCGAUAANAAAGCAUUGGUGUAUGAUAACUACACUACGUUGCUGAGUGCGACGAGUACGAUAAGUGGGUUGAGGGAGAAUGAUGCGCCGAUGGCGACGUUGGAGCCGGCGGUGAAACAUAUUGCUGAUGUUGCUGUGAGUAUUGCUGGGAGUAGGAAUGCGGGAGGGGGUGAUAAGGAAAAGCAGAAAGAGACGGUGAGGUGGGUGUUAGGUGCACCAGAGAGGUUAAGAGGGCUAAAAGAGCAAGGGAAAGAGGAAGAGAUGCAGAAAGAGUGGGAUGGAGUACGAGGGUUAUUGGAAAAGUGGGAGGGCGUCAAGGGUGUGGACGAGGUGAGGAGGAAGUGUGAAGAUGUUGUUGGGAAGGAUUGA